AUGCUACCGCAUAAAAGAGCCAAUUCCCCUUUCACAUCCAAUCCAGUAUCAAGAGUGGCUUCUUCUGCUCGAUUGAAUCAAUUGAAUCAAGAUUCUAGAGGUAAUUUAAAUUCAUCUAUACCAUCUACACCAUCAUACAUAACCUCAUCCUUGAAUCCUACUAAAAAUAUACCAACAACUAAUGAAAAUAUAUCAAGUAAGAUACGAACGGAGGAAGACUUGAAAGCAUUCAAUAAUUUACCUAUUGUCACAAUACUAGAUGAGUUCAAGCAAUUGCUAGCCGGUAUGUCUGAUGAUAUCAUCAACUACAGAGAUGUUGAUUUCUAUACCAAUUUAGAAAGAAUUAUUAAAGUCAAUACAAAUUUACAAAGUGAAGUCUAUGAAUUGAGUAGGCAUAAAGAGCGUGGAGAAAAACUAUCGAAGUUAACUAAAACAAAUGAGGUUCUCGACGAUAAAUUAAAAUCAAAUUUGAAAAAACUAUUGGAAUUUAGAUCACAAUUGAAAAAAUUACCAAAACUACCUCAGACAGAAUCAUCUUUGGCCAAUGAUAAAACCACGAUUUCAAAUGCAUCAGACAUUGAUGUCAAUAAAAUUCUAGAUUAUGCAAUGAAACUAGCAAAAUUCACGAAAGCACCAGCUGCAGUGGGGAACAUGGCAAAUCACAUUCAUCCAAAUAAUUACAUAUGGCCGGCAGAAGAUUCCUUAAGACGAGGUAUGCUUGCUAUGAGCUCCUUACAAGGAAACGAGAUCAUUGAAUUUGAGUUAAACGAUGGUGAGAAGAAAGAGGAUGAAGAGGACAUAAAGAUGAGUGAGGAAAAACCAAUGGAGGAAAAAACUCCUAAAAAUCGAAAUUCAAAUAGUUACAAUAACGAAAUCAAGCCAAAGGCAGAAGACCCACAAUUAGAUUUGAAUUUAGAUUUAUUUGAUCCCGAUGACGAAUAUUCCGAUUAA